CUUCCUCAUCGCCUUAAAUCCUUGAGCUCUGUUUAUUGUUUCUCCUUUCACCUCUCUCUCUUCUUCAUUUAGAUGGAAGAUUAGAUCGAAUCUUGUUACACCCAUAUCUGAAAACAAGAGGCCCUCCACAAACCCUAGAUCCAGUUAUUGGAAUUAACCAAGAUCCCCUCUCUUUUAUUUGAAUUUUUCCCAACUUUUUUCUUCUUGAAUUUGAAUUAGAACUCUCCAACCAUGGUUGGCGGUACUACUCAUCAACCACAACAAGCUUCUCAAUUGGUGGCUCCUCCGUUAUCAUCAUCAUCGUCGUCGACAGCUCCUGCAACUACACCGGAGGAAGAUGAGCUCUUGAAAAGAAACACCGAUUGCGUUUACUUUCUUGCUUCUCCCUUAACCUGCAAAAAGGGAAGUGAGUGCGAAUAUCGGCAUAGCGACAUUGCACGGGUCAACCCCAGGGAUUGCUGGUACUGGUUAAAUGGAAGCUGCUUAAAUCCAAAAUGUGGUUUCCGUCAUCCUCCGCUUGACGGAUUGUUGGGAGCUGACAUUUCGACUCCCGUUGGACCUUCUGUACCUCCACCACAUCCCGCUCCUUAUGCUGUGCCCAAACAAGGAGUUGCCUGCAUCUUCUUCCAGAAAGGUUACUGUUUGAAGGGGCACCUAUGUCCUUUCUUGCACGGACCACCAAAUUCCGUCAAUAACAAAGCUGCACAAUCUGGGUCGGCCAACCCUAUUUCCGAGCCUCCUAAGACAGCUUUUUCUGGUCCUGAAAAGUCCUUUCAGGAUCAGAAGCUUACACAACCGGUAACUGCCCAAAAGCCUGUCGAGUUUCUGGUUCCGCAAGCGGUCAGAAUGCAAGCACCUCCGCUAGCCAGAAAUGGUGGUAAUGGUGAUAAAAAGGCACCACCACCUUCUUCUAGUAUGGGUGUGGAGGAGCUGCCGAGGUACAAAUCAGGGAGGGUUGUCCCGCCACCUGUCGUGAACGAAACACCCGCCAGCAAACCUAACCGUGGUGUCUACCAUCAUGUGUCAGAUAACGAUAGAAUUCUGAACGGGAAGGAUGCCGAUGAAUAUUCAAGAGAGCCGUCACCUGGUUUUGAUGUUCUUGUGGACAAUGAGCUUGGAGAUUCUGAAUACUAUCGUAACAAAGAUGAAUUCGGAAGAUCAAGAAGAAACGAUUAUGAUCUUGACCGCCCUACUGACUAUGAUGUUGACCGAGAGAUAUAUCGUGAUUAUGAUCAUUAUAACGAGCGGCAAGGGGAAAGGUAUGCAUGGGAUGAGCGUAGAUCAUCUUCCGAGCGGAUGUUGGAUCCAUCUGCUCAUCUAGAAAGGCGGUCGUAUCCUAGAAAUGCCAGCCCUGACCACUUUGAUGAGUCGGAUUUACGCCACCGUAUAUCAAAACAACGAAGGGUUUCCGACAACGGUUUGAGGUCCGUUGUCAGCCGUGAAGGGCGGACGCCAAGGAGGGACAGCCACCACCACCGCCACCAAGAUCAGGGAGGUCUGAGUAGCCGGCUUAGAGGAAGAAUCAAGAUUCCGGGAAGGUCCGUAUCUCCUACCAACGGAAGACCACCACUAUCCGUUAACCAUACCCGGCUUUGGGACCGAAAAAAGGACACCAAUAACGAUCCAAGAGAUCAUAAAGGUUUUUCACGAACGCCUGAUAAUGAUUCCGAGUUUGCUGGACCAAAAAGAUUAUCAGAGCUGAAAAAAGGCUACGAACAACAACCGAACGACGAACGCCAAGUUCUGGGAAAAAGGAAAUACCCAAAUGAGGAAGAUUUGUCGUUCGAAGGACCGAAGCCGCUUAGUGAGAUUUUGAAGUCGAAAAGAGGAAGUGAAACCGCAAGAAUCAAGAACAAACCUGAUUCAUAUGUGAAUAAUACAGAGAAUAAUGAGAAAGAAAGAGAGAUGGUAGUAGCUGAGAAAGAGGAAAAUGUUUCAGCCAUUGUUGAAGCAGAAAAGGAGGAGAAGCCUGUUGCUGCCAUUGUUGAAGCAGAGAAGGUAAGAGAUUCAGUUUCAGGCAUUGAUGAAGAUGCAUUGCUGGAUGAGGAGCUUGAAGGGUAUGAAGAUAGGGAAGGGGAGUAUGAAUAUGUUGAUGGGGAAGAAGAGUAUAAUAUGGAUGAUGAAGAAGAAGGUGAAUAUGUGGAUGAAGAAGAAGAGUAUGGAAAGAAAGAAGAGAGUGUUGUGUACUUGUAGAAGGGGAAUGAAUAAAUCAUAAGUUUUGAAAGAUGUUGCUUUUAAAAACUAUUUUUUUUUUAAUUUUUUUUUCUCUUUGUAUUGUUGUAGAUUUUGAUUUGUAUUGAAGGAUUUACAAUUUGUGGCCUUUUGGUUUACGACGUUUUUAUUAGCU